AUGGCGACUAAGGCCUUGGCCGCAUGGACCGUAAACCUUACUCCGUCUUCCAUACCAGCCAGCGUCCAACAAGCCGCAAAACGCUCUCUAUACAACUACGUCAGCUGCGCAAUAGGUGGGUCGAACCACCCUACCGUGACCAAAGCUCACGAUGCUCUUGAGCCGUUCUUCGGCCGUCCAACGUCCACACUAUACGGCAGUGGAGGCAAGAGAACGGACGCUCAGCAUGCGGCGUUGCUGAAUGGCCCCGUGGCAAGUGCCUUGCUAGCAUAUGCUGAGUACAAUGGCUCCGUAUCUGGUCCCGAGAUCCUUUGUGCACUCACCGCUGGCAUUGAGGCGUCUUGCAAGCUUGGCUUGGCGGUUUGGCCGGAACAUUAUGAUAUUGGCUGGCAUAUUACUUCCACGACUGGGUCGAUUGGUGCUGCGGUCGCUGUUGGGAAGCUCAUGAAGCUCAGCGAGGACCAAAUGGCUCAUGCUAUCGGUAUCGCUUCCGUGCAAGUCGUCGGACUAAGGGAGAUGUUUGGCUCCGAUACCAAGUCGUUCCAUCCUGGACGUGCAGCACAGGGUGGGCUCUUAGCAGCAGUGUUGGCGGAAAAGGGCUACACUAGCUCUGAGUCAGCGAUCGAGGCGAAACGAGGAUGGGCGAAUGUGGUUGCUGGUGGUGGGACACCUCAAUUGCAGAAGUAUGUUGGCGAGCUUGGUCAGAAGUGGGAGAUUGAAGCGAAUGCUUUCAAGCCUUUCCCAUGCGGAAUCGUAUGUCAUCCAGCUAUCGAUGCCGCUAUACAGCUACACCACGAAAUGGAAAGGAAGCAGUUUAGCCUCAAGCAGAUUGAAAAGAUUGAGCUUGUGGUGCAUCCGCUUGUGAUCGAGCUCACUUCCAAGCGGAAGCCCAAGGACGGGCUUGAAGGCAAGUUCUCGGUCUUCCAUGGUGUUGCAGUCGGACUGUUGUACGGCAAGGCUGGUCCGGCACAGUAUGCCGACGAGGUCGUUCAGGAUUCAGCCGUCGUCUCUUUACGUGAUCAGGUCGAUGCAGAGUCGAAGAAGUCGCUGGCAGCGGACGAGACGUAUUUGACUGUCUACCUAAAGGGUGGCGACAAGCUGGAGAAGCACAUCCAACAUGCUGUCGGAUCGCUAGAAGUUCCCAUGACCCACGAGCAGCUUGAGGAGAAGUUCAUCGACCAGGCUGCACUUGUGUUGGGUGCUGAAGGGGCGAAGAGGGCGAGUGGGCUUGCAUGGAAAAUUGGCGAGGAGGAAGAUGUGGCUGCGGUGCUGACCAAGAUUUGA